AUGAUUAUUGUAAUUACAUCAUUAAUUGUAUUAAGUCCAGUUUUUCUUCGAUUAUAUGGCGAUAUAAUUUUAACAAAAAUGUUUUUUCAAACUUGGUCUCGAUAUUAUCCAUGGAUUGACUUGACAAAACCAGAUGCAUUCAGAUUAAAUGCUAUUAAUGUUUAUGAACAAACAGAACCUAAUGUUAGAAUUGGAAUAUGGUAUAUCUUGCCAUCCACUAUCACCAUUGAUCAUAGUUUAUCAACACUUGCUGAUCAUCUGAAACAAUAUGUCAAAUCUGAUGAUCUUCCUAUAAUAAUAUAUUUACAUGGACAAGAUGGUACAAGAGCAACACAUUAUCGAUCCAAUCAUUAUCGAGUUAUGAGUGCCUUUGGUAAUCAUAUUAUCACUCUUGAUUAUCGUGGCUAUGGUGAUUCAACUGGCAUACCAAGUAUACAUGGUUUUGUUCAUGAUGUAAUGCAUGUAUUUAAUAUAAUUCGUCAAAUUUGUCCUAAAAAUCCAAUAAUUUUAUGGGGCCAUUCAAUGGGUACUGGUGUUGCAUUAUGGACAAUGAAUGAUUUAUUUCAAAAACAUCCUAAUUUAAAAAAACCAUCAGGUCUUGUACUCGAAGCACCAUUUUAUAAUACAAUUCAAGCUUUGGUUUCAUAUCCAGUUACACGAAUAUUAAAAAUCAAUCCAUAUUUUAUGCAAGCUGCACUUGAUUCUUUAGCAGCUGUUAAAAUCAAUUUUCCAAAUAAUGAAAUUAUUUCAUUUCUUCCGUUACCAAUUGUAAUUAUUCAUGCAGAAGAUGAUGCUAUUAUACCUUAUCAUCAUGCUCAAUUAAUUAAAGAUUAUGUUAAAACCCAUCGUGAUAAAAACUUACCUUCUGUUCAUCUCAUAACUGUUCCACGUUCAGCAAAUUGUGGACAUAAUCAUAUUUAUUCAUAUCCUAAAUUUCAAGAAUUAGUUAGUGACAUUGCAUUUCUUAAACGUUUAUCUUCGUCUUAA